CUUGCUGAUCAGCGAGCUUUCAUUCUCCCAGCCUCGUGUGCACACUUCGCGAGUCUGUACCUCAUAUUCGACACUUUGUGAUUCAAACCUUUUCUGAAUUGAUUUUUUUUUUUGGAAAAAAAAAGAAUAGAUUACUUGAGCUUCAGCAGGACUUCUGAGCGACCAUUCAAGGCUUGAACCCCGCGGUCAUUCCAAUUGUAACCCUGUGGCGUAGAUCCUGGGUCUCUUAUCUCCCCUCACCUCACACACGAGGAUUCUCAAGCAGUCCACAAUUGACACACGACCAGCUCAUAUCAUGGCUAAACGAGAGGAAAUCACCGCGGAAAACCUACCGGACAUCCUCAGAGAAGAUGCGAGUGUUAAAGUUGCCGGACUUGAUGUGGACGGGGUACUGAGAGGCAAGCUUAUGGCAAAAAAGAAGUUUCUUUCAAUCGCAAGAGACGGAUUUGGUUUCUGCUCGGUCAUCUUUGGCUGGGAUAUGCAUGAUAUGACCUAUAUAAGAGAACUGAAGAUAAGUAAUAAAGAAAACGGGUACCGCGACCUCAUUGCCAAAGUAGAUCUCACGUCGUUCCGACGGAUACCAUGGGAGAACAACAUCCCUUUCUUUCUAGUUAGCUUCUACGACCCGGAUACUGGCAAGUCGAUAAGCGCAUGUCCUCGCUCUUUUUUGAACAGGGCAGUGGCAAGGCUGGCGGAUAAGGGCUAUGGUGCGAUGGCAGGAGCCGAGUAUGAGUUCUACAACUUUCGAUCACCUCAAAAUCCUCAUAGCGCCGAGCGAAACUCCUCGUCGACCGCCACAUUUCUUCAGGAAAAUCCGUCGCACCAACUACCUUCCCUUACGGAGGGCAUGACUGGGUAUAGCAUUACGAGGCCUGUUCAUAAUCAAGAUUGGUACUAUGGCAUAUUCAAUACCUGCGAAGCGUUUCGUUGUGGUAUCGAGGGCUGGCAUACCGAAUCAGGUCCUGGUGUCUUUGAGGCGGCAUUGGAAUUCGACGAAAUAAGAGAGAUGGCGGACAAAGCAUCGUUAUUCAAAUUGGCUGUUAAAUCCGUAUCGAGCAAGUACGGGAUCACUCCAUGUUUUAUGGCGAAACCUCGUGCUGGACUACCUGGAAACUCGGGCCACAUGCACAUAUCAGUCGUUGACAAAGCUGGAAAAAAUCUUUUCGUACGCAGCUCAGAAGAUAAGGACGCUCCGUAUGAGGAUCUCAAGUGGAUAUCAGAUCUCGGCAGGCAGUUUCUGGCCGGAUUAAUUGAUGGUCUACCAGACAUCAUGCCCAUAUUAGCACCCACGAUAAAUUCAUACAAGCGCCUAGUGGAGAACUUUUGGGCACCUGUGACUGUCUCCUGGGGCCUAGAACACCGAGCAGCCUCAAUACGGCUGAUUGCCCCACCCUCUGCCAGCGCAAAGAGCACAAGAUUCGAAGUCAGAGUGCCGGGCGCAGAUACGAAUCCCCAUCUUGUACUUGGUGCAAUACUAGCUCUCGGGUGGCGGGGAGUAGAAAAGAAACUCGAGGUGAAGCUCCCUCCACUUGGCAAAGGAGAAGAUGUCGGUGGCGCGAGUGAUAAGGGUCUUCGACUGGCGAAGAGCUUAAAAGAAGCCACGGACCGCUUCAUGGCUGAGAAUAGCGUCGCAAGAGAAGUGUUUGGCGAUGAGUUCGUCGACCAUUUUGGUGGAACGAGAGAGCAUGAGAUACGGCUAUGGGAUGAGGCUGUAACUGAUUGGGAGGUUAAGCGGUAUAUCGAGAUGGUAUAGUUCGCGUUCCAUAAUUAGGGCUAAUUGCAUGUGCUUGUACAAUUACAGCCUAAGAGCAAGCUGUUCGAAUCAAGAUCUUGUUUCCCUAAUCUUUUCAUCUUGAAUAACUUCUUCUCAUUCUAUUUUGUCUAUCCUGAUGUUCAAAACGUUUUCUGAACAAAGACUCCUUCAAUUCGAAUUUGCUUCUGCGAAUACUAGCUCUACGCUGAAUCAAACGUGGAGAAGUCACAUUACAUAUUGCCUCAUCUCUAAAUUUUGAACUAGGAAUCUUUCCA